GGCUCUUUCGUGACUUCGUAAUCUUCGUAUUGCGAUGUGAAGCCAAGUGCACCCAGAGGAGCAGCGAGGAGCGCCAGCAGUUCUGGAGGGCUUGGAAGAAGACGGCCUGCAUCACACCUGUGGGCGAGAAGCAGGGAUCUGAAAAGCAUUUGCUCUGGGCUCUCACAGCGAGUCGCAGGAAGUUGUUGGCAAACUGAUAAGGCUUCGCUUCUUUUUGAAGUGAGCCCAGAAGGAAAUAUUUAAAAAAUCCCGUGCACAAUCUGCAAAGGUGAAAAAGACCCACAGUUCAGGGACGGCUACGCAGUCCAUCACACAACUGGAAUAAGAAUGUCCCUCAAGCUGCCACGGAACUGGGACUUCAACCUGAGGAUGGACAUGUCCAAAAUAGUGCGUUCCCAGAGCAUGAUGGCAGUGGAUCCCAAGGGGUCCGGAAGCUGGUCUCAGGCGCCCAACCCUCUGGAGCGACCCCUGAAGGCCGGCUGGCUGAAGAAGCAGCGUUCGCUGGUCAGGAACUGGCAGCAGAGGUAUUUCGUGCUGCGAGGGCAACACCUGUACUACUACAAGGACGAGGAGGACCUCAAGUCCCAGGGCUCGGUCCAUCUGCACGGCAGCACCAUCAAAGAAGUUACCGCCACCUCUGAUGAAGUCGGGAGGUUUAUCUUUGAAAUUAUUCCAGGCGCUUCAGGAGAGCAGAAUCGGGCCGGGCCGGACUCUUACGUGCUGAUGGCCAACUCCCAGUCCGACAUGGAGGAGUGGAUCAAGUCGCUCCGACGAGUGGUGGGGUCCCCCUUAGGAGUGGUUUUUGGCCAACAGCUGGUGGAGACGAUGGUAUACGAACAAAAAUUCGGGCAGCAUCAGGUCCCCAUAUUGGUUGAGAAGUGCGUGGAGUUCAUAAGGAAGCGCGGCCUGAAUGAAGAGGGAAUCUUCCGGCUCCCGGGCCAAGACAAUCUGGUGAAGCAGCUGCGGGAUGCGUUUGAUGCUGGAGAGAGGCCAUCGUUUGACCAGGAGACCGACGUGCACACAGUGGCUUCUUUGCUGAAACUCUACCUAAGGGAGCUUCCCGAGCCCGUCAUACCAUGGACCCUGUAUGAGGACUUCCUCUUAUGCGGGCAGCUUCUGAAUGCUGACGAGCCAAAGGGUCAUCGGCAGCUAGUGCAGAAGCUGGCUCUCUUACCCCGGGACCAUCACAACCUCCUCCGUUACAUCUGCCGGUUCCUUCACGAGAUCCAGCUGAGCUCAACCACCAACAAGAUGAGUGUGGAAAAUUUGGCCACAGUGUUUGGCGUCAACCUCAUCCGGCCUAAGAUCGAGGAUCCUGUGACUAUCAUGAGAGGCACUCUGCAGAUCCAGAAAGCCAUGACGGUGAUGAUCAGUGACCAUGCAAGGCUGUUCCCCGCCUCCAGAGACGAGGGCCCCUCGCCACAGCUCCACAACAGCGAGUCCAAGAAGGCUCCCGUGCCACGCAGCUCUGUGGGCUGGGAUUCCAUAGAAAGGCCAGUCCCAUCCAGAGGGGUGAGCAAAGCCCUGAGUGAAACGAAAGACGACUUGGAAGCUGCGAGCUGCCAGCUGGCUGGGGAGCCAGAUCCAUCAGCGAGAGAUCAUGGGGAGACGCAGCCAAAAGUCAUCCCGGGAUUAUGGACAAUGCAGUCCCGGAAAAGGACACAAACGCUUCCAAACCGGAAAUGCUUUCUGAAUGCUUCUCCCAACAGAGGGAACCAAAGCGUUGACCAAAAUGACAUUUUCAGUAGUGACUUUUGGUCAUCUACUUCCAUGGCCCACCCCAAUCCUGUUUCUUCUGCAACUGGUCACAAAAGGACAUUGUCACAGGGACUUUCGAAGUUGCUCAAUUUCUCACAUGUGUCACUCUCUGACAAUAUUUGUGAUUCUGUGCCAGAAACUGGAAAACAGGCGCUCGAGAGCCCUGUGACCCAGCCUAGGGAUAAUCCAGGAAAGCAUUUCCAAACACGUGAUAUUCCGGGCCCUGGUCAAAACGGGGCUCCGAAUCCCAGUCCUGUGGCCAAGGAUUCGCUUCCUGAGGACCCUGAGUUGCUCCGGAAGAGGAUUGCUCAGCUGCAAAAGGAGAUGGAGGCACAGAAAAAGGACUACGAGGAGCAAAUUAAAAGCCUCCACAAAGAAAACUUCGAAACCUGGACAAAAGUGUUGAGGCUGAGUGAAGAGCUCGAGCAACAGAAGCACAGAUAUGAUGAGUUGGCACGCCAGUUCCAGGGCGCCAAGUGCUCCCAAGACGGCGCUGAGCGGAACGGGAAGCCUCUGGGGGAUUCCUUGGACUCGCAGUGCCCGCCGGCGGCAAACGCCGAGCUGGGGAAAGGGCCCUCUCCCUGAGCGGAAACGAGGAGCCCUCGUCAAGCGCGGCUGCACGGCGAGUGCCUUCCUCUGGAGAAGGGCUGUCCGGGGUCGCAUGGAAGGCCUGAUCCUGCUGGAUCGAUGGAGCUGCACGAGGGAGAAGACUGCUGUUCAGAGAGCAGCGCUUGCCGCAGCCUGGCCGCACGCCACACGAUCCGCCCCGGCCCCCUCAGCUGGGACUGCCAUUCCCGCUGUGCUCGCAGUCACGCAGGCGGCCGCCGCCGCUCAAAAUGUUAUGGUGUGGUGCUUGCAAGCCUGCAGAGCAGUUUCAAGUGCCUGGCCUGAUCAGCAGG